CAUACGAAGCAACAGGGAGAAGGGGAGGGAACUGGUGUGGUGUGCUCGGAGGUUCAAAACAACUCCCAGAUCCGCAGGACACAGCAGCCACAACUCCUCGCCAGCUCUCCUCACUGAAUCUUCAAGGAGCCGUCUCUGUUAAACUUCUUGACCAACGGGUAGGUGUGACGAUUUUUUUUCAGACUGCAUUCUAUGAAGUGACCCGUUUGCGCGCAUACGCCUUUAAAUGUAAUAUGUGUACUUUUUAAAACAAAUCUGGAGCUGUGUUAUGGUUGGCAUGGGCGCCCGAUAUCCCUCCACAUGUUAGCUAGAAACAUUGUAAAAGUGCAAAGGUAGCUCACAUUUAUCUUUGGACACUUAGUAAAUAUAUACUGCAAGGCCCAUAUUAUGUCACAUCUGCUUUGCAUGAUGCGUCUUUUAUUUGGAACAUCAGCCAAGGCGAUUAUGUGGAGCGAUCUUUUUUUUUUUUUUUGGAGCAAAAUUGUCGACUGCUACAUCAGCAAGCGUUCUAUAUACUGCAUUAUUUGCUUUAUAUUUUGUUAUUUCGAUCUGUACAUUAUUUGAACAUGAAUGGAUUUAAUGAUAAAUUGCUGCGAUACUUUUUUCUUUCUUCAAAUGGACACUAUUUGUUUUCUUUAACUCCCCUCCCCCUACUAAAAACACAUUUAGGAUUGGUGUAGGUUGAGUUUUGUUUGUAGUUAAAUCACAGAUAAUUACUCUUCUUCACAUCUAGCCUAGGGAUUGAGGGAAGGUUUAAAAAAAAAAAAAAAUAGGAAUUUGCCUCAGGAUGGUUUUGGUCACUGCACACUAAAUCUUAAGAGUUUAGAAAAGUUUUUGCAUUCUGUUAUCAGUGUACACUGUAAUUCUUUACAGUGAUUUGUUUAGCAAGCGUUUUGCUAAGAAGAAUAACUUAACUUCCAGUGUUGCCUACAAACUGCAUGCAAUAUAUUACCAGACAUUAAAAAAGUGUAUCUACAUUGACAAUUGAAUUAGAAUUCUAACAAAAUCAAAAAACAUCAUAGUAAUAUGUAAAACCUAUAUGGAAAAUGCUCUGUGAAAAAGGGGCGUGGCAGUGGUUUUACCACCUAGUAGAAUUCCGUAUAUAUUGCUUGAAAGGGACACUACAGACCCCUAAAGCAAUUAAGCUUGCUGAAGUGCUUUUUUGUGUCAAAAGUGUGUCUUUUUUAUCUUCUUCAAUUUUCAAUAUAAACUGGCACUUUCAUAAAUUAACCUUGUUACCCCUCCCCCUCGCCACCCCGACUGUCAGUCAGCGAGCCCCAUUUAAAUUUAUAUUGAAACAGCUAAAAUUUAUCCUAUGAUGAGAUGAUUUUGGUAUCUAUAUCUCAAUAUAUUACAUUGAACACAUCUUGUAUUCACUGUAUUUCAGGACCAUAUGGUUCAACCUGGAAUACUGGUGACAUGUUCACUUUAAAUUAAACACAAGUAAACAGGGGUCAAGAUCUGUGGAAUAAAGUGUGGAAACUCAUCCAAGAUCCACCCCUCCCCUCCCCCCCCCCAAAAAAAUGAAAAUAUACACUUGUAUGCAUAUAUAAACGCGUCCACACACACACUGACAGGUGCACACACAUACUCACACACACACACACACACACAUACUCAGACACACACACAUACUCAUGUUUAAACUAUAGGCUUCCAUCUGUACCCCAUAUGCCGUUCGUCAUCACCAGUGGGAGAAGGUUUAAACCAAACCCCAGACCAGGUGGAAUACAUAGAAGAGGCAUACCCAGGUAGUCACAUUAUGGAAGUGCUGUUCAUUGGGUCUUCAGGGAUAAUGCUCUUUUUUCAUGGGGGACUUUCGUGGUAUGCUAGAGUCAUGGAACAUUCCAAUCACAGCAUGUACCGGGGUAUUGCUGGAGUUUCACCUUAUUCUCUCAGCCAAUGAAUUUUAUGCAAACAUAGGGAAAUUGAUGCCACUAAUGCAAAAGUAGGAACUUCUGCAUUAGUGUCAUCCCAAGAGGAUGAUUUUGUUUUUGGAGCACAACUCAGAUAUCUGUGUGAAUUUGCCUAUUCAACCAUAACAAGUGCUACAUGGGUAUGACAGAGCGAGGCUACUGAAGGUGGGAAAUGUGACAACCUCCAUCAGUAUGACUUGCACUGUGCAACAGAGCUGUCACAGAGAUAUAUUGGGUGUGCCUAAGACACAAUGGAAGAGGUGAAAGAAAAAGUAGCUGACAUUUUUUUACGUAUAAUUUUCAGUGCAGUUUUUAAGGGAAGGUAUUAAAUAUGGUUUUAUCUGUUGCUUCUAUUUUUGCUAUCACUGUCAUUUUAGCAUAUAUGCAAUUGUAUUUGUUACGCAAUGGAUUAUCAACCUUCGUGCCCCAUUUUGUGACUCAAAACUGUUUUGUCUCACUUCUCUGUUUUUCCAGCAUACAUUUGCUUGUUCUUCUGAAAUGGAUAUUUUUGCAAAAAGUGGUGGAAUGUUGAAUGAAAAAAGUUAUCACCUCUAGAACACUUAAAUAAAAGGACUGAAAUAUUGAUGGAAUUUAACCUUCACUCUUAUAAAUAUCCCCCAAUAACACUCCAUUUUUCUCCAUUUCCACCAAUGUCAAUUGGUGUGAGCUAUAAAUGUUAUCAGCACUGUCUUAUGCCACCAUGUGGUUACUUGUAAAAAUCUCUAAGGAAAUUCUACAUGCUCAUCAUAGUUUGGCAGUGAGGGAAAUCUGAGAAACUGCAGUCCAUUGGAACCUAUACCAGUGUACCAGUCCAUGUCUGAAGGACAUUGAUAUUACAGGCCAUUGGCUCAUGCUGAAACCUAUACAUUGUUGAGCAUGUAAAGACCUUGUACACAUUUUGCUGCUGUCUCACUCUUAUAGUUCUCUACCAAGAAACAUCCCAGCACACAUAGAAACAUAGAAUGUGAUGGCAGAUAAGAACCAUUCGGCCCAUCUAGUCUGCCCAAUUUUUUAAAUACUCUCAUUAGGUCCCUGGCCUUAUCUUAUAGCUCGGAUAGCCUUAUGCCUAUCCCACGCAUGCUUAAACUCCUUCACUGUGUUAACCUCUACUACUUCAGCUGGAAGGCUAUUCCAUGCAUCCACUACCCUCUCUGUAAAGUAAUACUUCCUGAUAUUAUUUCUAAACCUUUGACACUCUCUAAUUUAAGACUAUGUUGUCUUGGUAUUUUUUCAAAUUUUAAACAUAGUCUCCUCCUUUAUUUUGUUGAUUCCCUUUAUGUAUUUAAAUGUUUCUAUCACAUCCCCCCUGUCUGUCCCUGUCACAUCCCUAUUUUAAUCUUCACAAGCAUGGUAAGAGACUGCAGCCCACAAAUCUUAUAUGCAUUAAAUGUCCCUUGCAAGCCAUACCAUGUUUACUGGGAGGCAUUGCUAGAGAAAGCAUGGCAUCAUACCCAUUACAGCAUGAUGUAGUGGUUUUGGUGCCAGGUUUGCCUCUUUAAGCAUUUGCUAGAUGCCUCACAAAUGAGAACUUCCAGCAACAGACCUUAAAGGAACACUCGCUUAACUUUAAUCUGCUAUGCUAUGGGUACAAUCCAACCUUUCUCAUAGAGAAGCAUUGAAGACCUACAGGGCAUGCGCAUCAAUCAUUGCGCCCAGUCAGUUGGAUGUGUUCGGUGUCGUCAUAUUAAGAUUGAUGAUGCCAGAUGUGAAGACCUUCAGACAUCAAUGGCCUGAAGAAGGAUGUGCCUUUAUUGGCUGUCUGUGGUUAUGGUGUUCUAAAUGCAAUUAGUCCAGUGUAUUGCUAUAAGUCAGUUAAUUUAGUUAAUGUCAGUUCCAGAUUCUAUUAUCUCAUAAUAUAAGAUAUUCGUUUUUCACUCCAUCAAGCACUGCUCUCUGGUAGCUCUACUAUGUUUUCAAAUUCUAGUACACUCGGUGAUUAUAGCUUCCUUGAAUCAUUUUGAAAUACAGAAGAGACAAACAGUAUAGUAGCUUGGAUCUCAACCCCCAAGUCUGGAAUAAACACACCCGCCUCCCACUACAAUAACCCUCCCAAUUUCUAUCUUCCUAAACAAGGAACAUUCCAUAAAAAAAAUAUAUAUUUAACAGUUUCGUAGAUAUAUCCCCAAAGAGAACAUGCAUGCUAUUAGUUUUGCUUGAUUUUUGGGGGGUAUAUGAACUAUUGGCUUGCAGUAGCUGUAGAUCUAGUAUCUACAGCUUCUGCAAACUCUUCCAUUCUUUCCCGGCACAGACAUUCUCCUUUGUGCCAGACAAUAACCAAUAAAAAGCUGCCUAAUCACAGACUUUUCAUUAAGCUGUAUUCCAGGUUUUUGUUUUUUUUUAGAAAUCUUGCAAAGGCUGGUAUUCUGCGCAAGUGGCUGCUUUUAAAAUUUAGCUACAUUGAGAUAAACUACAAGGGAAGAAACACCUUUCGGCUAUCUGACUGCCAGGCACAUGUAUGGGCAUACAUGGCUAUUUACCAAACGGUUUGCCUACUUAUUUGGGAGGGUAACAUUUCCCCCCAUCCAUCCUCUGUUCGUAGUUUAAAUCUCCAAAACUCUAGCCAGCAUGUCCCAAGCACAGCAGACUUCCAUUCACGUGCGAUGUAGAGCAAGACGCAGCCUAUUGCUCUAAUACCUCAAAACUCUCCUUCCUACAUUAUGACUUCAUCCAUACAUUAUAUUUUCUGAUCUCCCACUUAAAGGACCACUAUAGUGCCAGGAAAACAUACUCGUUGUCAAUGAGACAGCCACUAGAGGAUUUGGAGGCUGGAUUAACCCUAUUAUAAACAUAGCAGUUUCUCUGAAACUGCUAUGUUUAUAAAAAAAAAUGGUUAAUCCUAGAGGGACCUGGCACCCAGACCACUUCAUUAAGCUGAAGUGGUCUGGGUGCUUAGAGUGGUCCUUUAAGUUUGCUUCCCAAUUCCUUGGACUCAUUAUUUAGUACUGUUCAUCUUCCACUUGCAUUGUUAUUGGUACCAAUAUGAACCAUUACAGUUGAAUCAUCUCCACAAUACUUUUAGCUUCAUAUCAAACUGGGACACAUGGAAGAUAGAAAACUAACCAGGUGAAGUGAUCCAAGCACUUCAAACACUGUUUGUCAACAUAAUAGCAGUCCCUUAUCACUAUAAUUUAUCUAGCAUUUCCUGUUUUUCAGAUCCCAUAUUUAAUGGAGGAGUUGUCCUCUCAGCUGCAAGAAGCUUUUUUUUUUUUUUUUUAGCUGAAGCCACUCCUGAGUUAACACUCCCAGCAUCUUUACUCAAAUGGGCAAAUUGCCAGCUGGAUAAACUCUUUAUCUUCCUUCCUGGCAACCCAGUUACCCAGCUAGCUACCAAUUUACCAACUUGAUUAUCUCUUGUGGUGCCACUAGCUGUUCCCACAGGUAGACUAAGCUCUUCUCAAAAUUCUUUUAAAGAUUACUAAUCAUUUUAGUGUUUCAGUUUGCAGCUUCGGUGUGAGCUUUGUGAAAUGGCACUUGCUCACAUUUACUACAGAGGUAUGUACCCUGAAGCCACUCUUCCAGGCAUGCAUACAUUCUGCUAAACAAGUUGGUUCUCCAUAAUCAACAUUUUACUGGAGACAAGUAAAAGUGUAAACAUCUAUAAAUACAUUCAGUCCUUUCCCUCAUUGUUUCUCAAACCCAUGUGUGAUUUCAAGAGCUUGUUCCCUUAAAACUAUAUAUUUUUUAAAAUAAAUUUUAUAAAUGCAGUUGUAGGCUAAUCUGUCUGUCAGCAGGAUGAGACGUUCCAGUUUAGAGCACUCAAUCAUAUCUAUGUGGACAACUUUUUUUUGUUAAAGGGACAAUCUAAGCAACAAAACCAAAGAUCAUGUCCCGUUUUAAGGUAAUGUAAAACCUUGCCAUUUCAGAGAAAAGACAAUGUUUACAUUUGACAGUAUAAACACAUCUAGAGGUUGUCAUCCACUAUAGCGUCUUCCUCGUUGAAAACUUUCAAUUAUUGAAAAUAUUCACGUUCUGUGUUGCCUAAUGCUGUGAAUGCUUCUCAUAGAGAAGCAUUGAAUGAAAUACUUCACUAUAAGAAGUACCUGAUUGGCUAAAUGUGACGAUUACUAUGCGUGCAGAAUAGGUAUUCCCAUGUUUUAUUUAAAAGAAGCAUUGGGUUAAACAUCAUGAUGAUCUCGGAAGAGAUGCAAAUGCUGCCCAGUGCUGUUCAUAAUCUAAGUGAAGGAGGCUAACAUUGAAAAUAAAUAUAUUUAGAAUGUUCCUUUACUUAAUGCAAGGGUGUGACACAACACUCCACCUGUAUCAGUCACUUCACAUGUCCAUACAUUUCACAUUUCCUCCCUUGGUAAAUUUUGUGUACUGUUUACAUAAUGCAAAAUAGUAUCAACAUCUACAAACAGGCAUGACUGAAACGUUAGAAAGUCCUUACCAAUGUAAAUGUGCUCUCAGCAUAAGCCUAAUUGGAUCCUUGUGGCUGUAAACCUUGUGAUCUGCGAUUUUUAUCAGUGUGACAGUUCUUUGUAACCAGCUUGUGCAGUUUUCAAGUAUUCUUUUUUUAUUUUUGAGUACCUAUAACAUGACUUGAUGUUUGUAUCUAGCAUUCAUCUUAUAAAGUAAAAUAUCUGCUUGUUUUGUUUAUUUUUAUUUAUUUAUUUUUGUUUCAUGCAUGUGAAUAGUUAUAUAAAAUAACCCAAAUUUGUCAAAAUGUUUGUGGAAUGCGAAUAUAUAUCACUCCUGAUGUGCACAAGUAAGAUCUGGUAAGUCCUGUGCUCAAUUUAAAUUUAAAAGUAUAAAAAACAAAAACAGACUAUACAUUUAUUGUCUUUUGAUGUGUAGAUGUCUGUCAAAAAAAUCUGAAUAUUGAGUUUACCUCAAACUAAAAACAUGUAUUUAUAAAUGCCUGUUUGCAUUGAUUUAGUUAUUCGUUUUUGAAAACCUGUUAUGUGUUCUAACAAAUACUUGCAACAACACUGACUUAAGUCUUUUGAGGAAAGAUAACUGUAGUAACCAAGACACUUAAAAUAAAUAAAAGUAGAUGGUCUCAUUUAAAAAUGUUUUUUGACAUUUUCAAGUUCCUGAUAUGCUGCUGGUGUGUUGUGAUAACUUUGCAAUACACACUCAUGUACUGACAAGUUUGUGAAGCACCUGGAGUGUGUGAGGUAAAUGAACUAUAAGGCUUUUUUUUUGUCUCUGUAUGACCGGCUGCAGCGAAUGGUAAAAGGUAAUUUUAUGAUGUAGCACUGCACCACUUUUAUGCCUAACUGCAUUCUGAAAAUUACAACAAAAAUCGGUGUGGGCAAAGUGGCUAAAAGAUAGCAAAUUGUGUUAAGAAAUGUAACUUUAAUUAAAAGUGUGUGCCAUCUGUAAUAAAUAUAUAUAGUGUAAAUUCUAUUUAUCCACGAAACUAGGGUAAAUCUUAUAUGUUACGUUAUGUGAGCUAUUGUGUGUAUAUGUAGUAGUUAUUGAUGUAUUCUCACUGAUUGUUUGCCCUCAAAUACAGUAAAUACCUAAAAGGAUUACUGUGUGAAGUAAAUAAACAUAUUGGCAAAGGAAUAUCAUCUCUGUGGAAAUGAUCAUCUGUAUGGCAUGUGGUGACCUUUUGGGCCUCUGGCUUCCGGAACCUCUGCCUCCCUGGCUUUCUAUCUUUCUGCGCUGCAGAAUGAGGAUGGUUUAGUUGGGCAGCCCGUGAUUGGCUGGAAGCAUCAGACGACGCUCUCAGCCUUUCGUGCAGUGCCCAUAUAGUAUGUACUAUUUCUCUUAAUUGAAAUAAACCGUCCCCCCUCCCUAAUUCUGUACACUACAUUUUUUUCCCACCCAAAGAUCACACAUCCCUGUCUCCCCCUCCCUUUACCAGCACACAGCGCACACAUGCGUUCUGAGCCGGCGCAAUGGCAGGCGUGAUAUCAGGAGGGGGCAUGGAAAUCAGAACCUGGAGCUUUGCUCAGCACUGGAUUUCAGGUUAAUGUAUUAUUUGUUUGUAUCCUUUUGGAAUGGGGACCUACAGAGCCCUGCAGGGUAUUCUGUUUUUUUUUUUAAUCAUUAGAAGGGUUGGAGUAACCUUUAUUCAUACUAUAAAACAUAUCAUGAAGCAUACCUCCCAAAUAUCCCUGUUUAGGAGGGACAGUCCCUAUUUCAGGCAACAAACUAUUUGUCCCUCUUUUCCAGGAGCUCAUAUUGUUUGUGUAUCUAAGUGUACAACAGAGUUCCAUAGCAAUAAUUCUGACAGUAUUGUAUCUUAUAAAUAAGGCUGUGCAAAUAGGAAACAAUGUUCUUGUUAUAAUUUACAUUUUAAUUGCAAAAUUAGUUAUUAGUGAAUCACCUAGUAUCUGAUUCUUAAGCCAUAUACAUGCACAUUGGGUCAGCCAGUGUUUGACACUGUUAGUUGGUCUGAUGAUGUCACUGUACAGGGAGUGUAGCAGAGAAGACCAUAGACACUGUCUAUUUUCAAACAUUAAAAACCAAAGGAAAAAAGUAACUUGCGCACUAUCCCAUAUCCCUAUGCACAUUUAAAUAACUGGAGGUUUUUUAGUAUAAUCUAAUGGCCAUUCAAGUGUAAGCUCACCUACCACGUCAAGGCAAAACCUAGUGUAGGUGAGUACUUGCUGCUUUCAGCUCAAAGCUUAAAUCUCUAAUGAGACAGAGAGGGGUAUUUUUCUAAACCCCUAUACACUUAGUAAACCUCAGUAGGGAACACAUUGGGUGUCUGUCAGCAAUGUAACAUGGCUGUGUAAAACAAAAGUUGAUGUGUAGUAUAGUCUAUUGCUGCCACCCAGGAGUAGUGGGAGUUUGAGCGCUGGGCUUAAUUUUGUUUGCUUGUAUUUGAUUUUGUUUUACACUGCCAUGUUACAGUGCUGCUGCCCACCCCAAGUGUUCCCUAUUAAGUUUUACUUAACUUUAAUCAAUGCCAGGUGAAGCUCUCCGGCGCUGCUUGGCAAAUCCCCAUCUGACGACAUGGGAGCCGUGCCGAGGCCCAAUUAAAGGUUUCUCAUAGAGCUUUUGAUUGGUAUUUAACAGGCAAAGAGCGCAUGUGCAAGCUCUGAGCUUGCAAAGGGAGGUUGAGAGGCAGCGAGGGAAAGGAGUAAGAGGAAGCAGAGCAGGGUGAUUUAAAAACAAACAAACCACAAAACGGACAGAAUUUGGAGACGGGAGGGCUUCCCCAAGAGUUGGUAGGAAGGGGAGACAGAGCUUUUUUCCUUGCAGACAGAUUUUAUGCACAGAAUUUACAUUAGGCAGCCAGGAACAGUGAGAGUGCAGUUUGUGCAACUUGCCCCCAACAUGAAAAACUCCUACCACCAUGACCACUUCAAAAACCAGAAGUAACCAUGGUGGUUAAGGUAACCCUUUAAUUCGUUUCAGGAUAUAUUAUAAGCAAUGCAGCCCUCAUUUGAAGAAUCCAGACAGACACACAGUUUGCCUUGCAUGUUUGCUUAGAACAGGCACUGUAUAGGCGAAAUCACAAAGUUACAUAGUCUGAAAAGAGACACGUGUCCAUCACAAAAGACGAAGAGUAUGUUGUCGUCCUUCUGUCUGACCAUAUGUCCUCUUUAUGCCCAAAGUGUGAGGUUUUUUUUGUAUUUUUUUAGAGGUGUUGUGAAUAAAGAGCUUAAUUGUAAACAAACUAUUUUACAAAGCAAAUAAUUCUACAGAGUUCCACAAUCUUGCAGAGCUUUCCUUUGUUAGUUGCUUUGGAAGGUAGGAUAUAAAUCUGUAAUAGCAAUACCUUGGCAGUGCAGCUGUGAACUACCUAAGAUGCUUAGCCAUCUGAAUGCUAAGGUAAAUAAGCAAGAACAAGUUCAUAUUUUUUAUUUGUUUAAAUCAAAGUUUCAUAGCCUGACAUUCAAGUUAUGCAUGCAUUAGUAGUUCUAUUUUUUGGUAUGAGACAAGCCCAGCUCUACAUUUUAUCCUUUUCGGAGCAGGUUGAAGAACAGGACUUAUAGUACCCCAAGGCUUUUUUUUUGUUUUUGUUUUUUUAGGUGUGUAAAAUAGUUUUAUUGUUGAACUGCAUGUGUAGUAUAACUGGAAAGUCCAGUUCCUUUUGUUCAAUACAUUGAAAUACAGUACAGGAUUCGUAAAGGUGUGUUAGUUUUUUUUUUAAAUAUAAUUUUGCCUACAUUAUAGCUAUAGAAGUUUAAAAGAAAUAGAAGACCUCCAUUGAAAACCAAGUGAAAAACUGUGCAGUGAAACACGACUCCCUCAAACCUUUUCUUAAUGUAAAUGUAACAUUAUACCUUACAGUUGUAUACCUGGGAACAUACCAAGUCUACCUCUGAAGCUUAGUUUGACUGCUAAUUAGAAUGUCUUCAGGCCACUAUUCAAUCAUGGUUUUUGUGGGGGGAGGGUGUUUUAACUUUGUCUUCUCUGCAUCUAUCUAUGUCACAAAUGGUACAAUUUAGACACAGAGCUGGGAAUGUUAUUAGGUAUGUAGAUCUUCCAGAUUGUUUCAGAUGCUCAUUUAGGGCAGUAACCUGAUGCUCUGUACCCUGAAAUGUGUUGUCCUCAUUAAGGUCAGCCCUACACCUUAGUGCAAAUUAGGUGCAGUUAGUAUUAACAUUUAAUAUAAAAAUGGAAAUGUAUCAUUUAUAUAUAUAUUUAAAAAGCUUCUAUGACAGUCACCCUCAAUGCAGAGUUGGAGGCGCAGAUUGGAGCAAGCAAACAAGCCAUACCUUUAAAUAAAACACCGUGUUUUGUUUGGCGUAACACAUGCUGGCAUUGUGCCCCCGCCCUCCUCUUUCCCCAGAGAUAAAAAUUAAAAUAAGAUAACUAAAAAAGAAUUUAAUAUUUAUGGACACCUCUACAAUAGAGCUCCAGAGUUGAGUAUUCUUUUUUAAAUAAAAAAGAAUACUCAACUCUGGAGCUCUAUUGUAGAGGUGAAGUUCUCGCUGCACCUCAAUCCUCCCUUCAUAACAUCACUCCCCCUCACUGCAUGGGUAAGGGAUGCCAGAAAGGCUGGGUUGAUGAAGGACUGAGGAUGGCAUGGAGGAGAUCCCUGUGCUAACAUUGGAUGAUUGUUUCCCAUAAGUUAUAGGUUCUCACUAUGGGUGAAAUUUAUGCACAGAAUUCACAUUAGCAGACAGAUUGCUAAUGAACCAUGGGCUUACACCAACUGCAAAAUUAUCUCUGUAAGCUUGUCCAUAAAUAUUAAAUUGAGGCUGAAGUUUAGUACCCCAUGUGCAUGUAAGUGUAGCAAGGACACAAAUACAGUCAGUAGCAGUCCCCACAGAUUUGUGGGAUUUCCAUUUACAAAUCAGAUUGCCAUAUUUGUGAUCCAGGUGACAUUGCAUUCUCACCCCUAUCCAACCCCUAGCACCAUUUCUAAUUAUGGUUCCUCCAUAGCCAGAUUGGAUGAAAUGUGUGCCAAUACGGACACAUUAGAAAAAAACAGAAUACCCCAUGUGAAAUGACUUUCUAUAAAUUUGAAAAAUGAAUUGUUUUAGGUGGUUAUUUCAGUUGGUGAGUUCUAAAUUGGUGGUGUGCUAAACUGCCCCUAAUAAGUCAUGCACAAUCAAAAGAAAAUUGUAAAAAUUCUCUAUUUGGAAUCUGAAAUAGGUUCCUUCCAAGUUUGACAAAUACACAUUAUUCAGUUUCCUUCAGUAAAAUACAUUAGGCGUACAAAAUUCACAACAUCAAAGGUAAGGUUAAACUGUGCUCCCCUCUUUAGUAAAGGGACACUCCACUGCCAAAAUACAAAAUAAAUAAAAAAUCACAUUUCGUAGAUAUACCACAAAUGAAAACUUGUUUGCAUUUAAUUAUGGAUAUAUCUAAAAAAAAAAAGCUGCUAAACCUUUAGUUCUCUUGUCUGCUUUUGUGUAUUUCACUCUGCUUGCGCUAACCUCCUUUUGUAAGGAAAAUGACACACCCUCACAUCAUUAUACAUACACAAUCAUUUUAACAAACAAACUCAUGUUCAUAUUUAUACUCAUUCAUAUAUAUAUACACACACACACACACACACACACACACACACACACAUAUAUACACCCACAUGCUUAUUCACACACUUCACACUUUGAAGUGAUCAAAAAGUAAAGAUAACAUAGCUCCAAGCAUUUCACAUGUACAGAGUGGGACAAUUUGAUUUUAAGGGUGUGGCUAGGGGUGGGCUGUUCUAAAAAGUUUAGGCGACUUGCGAAACACAAUGUAUGUAAUUUAGAACAAUGCAUCUUAUUUACACAGACUUUUUUCUUAACACAUCUAUUGUAGUUUAAAAAUGUACUACUGUGAGCAUUAUUGCUGUGGUGUUGUGUUAUAAAUUCAGACACACCAAGAAUAUUGUGCUACUAUGAAAGAGCGACAUUAGGAUAGAAAAGAGGGACAUAGGCCCAAAAUAGAGACUGUCCGUCCUAAAUAAGGACACUUGGGAGGUAUGAAAGGACACUGGCAACCAACAGUGUUUGGUAUAAAAUUAAUUAUUCAAUAUCCUCUUUUAUGUACAUAUAACAGACUAAAAAAAAGUUGGUAAAUUUAAAAAUUACAUUGAGAAAUUUAAAAAAUAGUUUUAAAAUCACUUAACUUGAGUUAACUUUUUUCAUGAGAUGCUUUGUUUUCUUUUAAAUUUAUAUUCGAUUUAACAAUAACAUAACAAUCCUGUUCAGACAAGACAGAACCAAGGAAAACAUUACAAAUGAAGAGGAGAAACGGGAACACUGUUUCAUUUCUCUUUUUCUCUGUGUGCUUUCUCUAUGAUGACAGAAUUUCUGAAAAUGAUUCACAGGGAGCUAACAAGAAGGUACCAGCUGCAGGCUAACGAAGUGUGGCUUUCUACAUUUUAAAGUCACACUAUAGGUACCAUAAGAACUUCAAUGUGUGAUGUAGUUAUGGUGCCCGGAGUUCAUAGGUGUCAGGUCCUACAUCAUUGCUAAAUGGUUCAGUCACCAUUUAGAAGAGAUGCUUGGUCCCUUGCAGCCUGGCCUUCAACGACGAUAUAGUGGAGGUGGAGUUAUGCUAUUAUCUCCUGCCAAUUCAUUCUAGUGAUUGUUUGAGAGUACAUAGCUUAUGUUCUCAGCCUAUCUUCUGCCAAUUUCCCUAUGGUAUAGCGUGAAGCAUUGCUACACCUCUGCCAUUUCAUUAUUGGAGACCAGGCUGCCAAGCAGUUCUGCUUAGAGGCAAGUAAGCUAUUUAGCAGUGAUGCGGAAUCCAGCGCCAACAGACUCCAGGCACCAUAACCACAUAAAUCUUUUGAUGCAGUCAUUGUGCCCAUCGAGUUCGUUACAUUUAUUUUUUACAAUUUAUAAAUACGUACUUGUUAAUUUUAGAGGUAAAUAAACCUAAUAAUUAAAAACCUGGAAAGUGACAGUUCCUCUUAAAAGGGAUACUAUAGUCACCAGAACAACUACAGGUUAAUGCAGUCGUUCUGGUAUCUAUAACCUGUCCCUGUCGGCUGGGGUGGGGACCUAAACAGUGUUUUUCACCCAUAGUGUCAGGAAUAUAGGUUUGUAUUCCUGUCAGUAUAGUGUUCUUUUAAUCUUUAUACAUAUUGAGCAACUGAAACCUGUAUCUUUAUGUGCUGCAUUCAGUUUUUUAGAAUUAUAGUUAUACUUAAAUGUUUCAAAUUCUGCUACUAUGGAUUCUACACUUAGCUGUCACAGAACACAUAAAAGCCACAUAAAAGUAAAAUUUUUGAAAUUACACCACAUUUGUUUACCCUAGGGGUAUUUAAACACUUGUCACGCAACCAUUUGAUCGCCACAUGCUUUUAACAUUUAUGGUAUUUUUGUUUUACUCUGUCAUGCACAUACUGCUUUAUUAACCUCUUAAGUGCUAUGCUAGUUUACAGCCAUGCGUGACUUGCCAUUUGUAGUUCGUUUACACGUUUCAAUUAAACACCAAUAUUAGUACUUGUUAAUUUUAGAGGUAAAUAAACCUAAUAAUUAAAAACCUGGAAAGUGACAGUUCCUCUUAAAAGGGAUACUAUAGUCACCAGAACAACUACAGGUUAAUGCAGUCGUUCUGGUAUCUAUAACCUGUCCCUGUCGGCUGGGGUGGGGGACUAAACAGUGUUUUUCACCCAUAGUGUCAGGAAUAUAGGUUUGUAUUCCUGUCAGUAUAGUGUUCUUUUAAUCUUUAUACAUAUUGAGCAACUGAAACCUGUAUCUUUAUGUGCUGCAUUCAGUUUUUUAGAAUUCUAGUUAUACUUAAAUGUUUCAAAUUCUGCUACUAUGGAUUCUACACUUAGCUGUCACAGAACACAUAAAAGCCACAAAAAAGUAACAUUUUUGAAAUUACACCACAUUUGUUUACCCUAGGGGUAUUUAAACACUUGUCACGCAACCAUUUGAUCGCCACAUGCUUCUAACAUUUAUGGUAUUUUUGUUUUACUCUGUCAUGCACAUACUGCUUUAUUAACCUCUUAAGUGCUAUGCUAGUUUACAGCCAUGCGUGACUGCCAUUUGUAGGCGUUUACACGUUCUUCAAUUAAACACCAAUAUUAGUGCUUUUUCUGUGAGUUCCCUCGUCUAUUACAUAUUUUAGUUUGCAAAAAGAUACAAAUAUACAUUUUUGGUACAACUGUUUGUAGUGUAUGUUUUUUUUUUUAAAACUGUUCAUUAUACUUAUAGUUUUAAAAACAGUUAAAUUUUUCCCCACCCCCCAAAAUCAAACCAAAAGAAAAAGUUGGAUUCUAGAUCUGUUUUUCAAAUAAAAUUGGCAUUCAAAUGUUAGACGGUAACAUUUAUUAUUUUUUUGUUUUUAUACUUUCCCAUCCUGUAAUUUAUGCAGAAAACACAUUAUAGUUAAAUAGCUAACUUUUCAUUGUUUCCUAAAUGACAAAGUAAAAAGGUAAAGUAAACAGGGUCUGCAAAGAUAAGUAAGAAAAUAGAGUGAUACAAGGCACCACAUUCCAAUUAGAUUAGAGUCCAACAGAGGCUUUGAUGGUAAAUUGAACAUUUUGGACUGUUGUUCUUCAGUGAAAACAAGACUCCGAUCAGUUUCUCACCUUGCAAUGAAUUGGGGAAGCAGGGAUGUGACAGGGGUCAUUAGAUGUUGAUAUAAGAUAGAGAUGUUCCUGGGGAGUCUCUCCUGAUUGUGGCAAUAUGAUUCAAAGGUCUGUGGAGAUUGACAUGGGGAAUAGAGAUUUGAAGAAGUGGGUGAUUUAUAGAUAGAGAUAUCUUAUGUUCCCAGUUAGGUGUCUUCACUUUUCAGUUCCGAUAAGGGGAGUAGAUUUGAGUUAGUGGUUACAUGCAGUAGACAGUAGACCAGACUGGGGAUACAAAGCAGCCCUGGAAAAAAUGUAUGCUAGCCCCAUAAAUCAUUGUGCCGUGUAGUGUGUGUGUGUGUGUGUGUGUAUAUAUAUAUAUAUAUAUAUAUAUAUAUAUAGUGUGUACACAUACAUAUACACAAGCUCACUGACGCACAAUAUUUAGCAGAGAUUUCCAGUUAAAUGAAAAAGUGUCAAAAUACCCUUGUGCCAAUAGCCUGUGAUGUCUACUUUAUAAUGUACUUUUGUGCAGCAAUUUAGUUUUCUGUGAUUACUAUUACACUUGGAAGAUUAAGUGACAGUGAGGUAGAUGAUCACAUUUCUAACUGUGAUCACAUGAAUCCUAGACAUGGGGAUCCUCUGUUGAAAUUCUGCCCUUUCAAAUAAGGGGCACAUAAUCCUCAGAGGUUGCACAGAGGGAGAAACAGUAACUUUUUUAUUGCUGCUUUUGUAGUGAUCCUUUGCUAUAUAUCUUUUUAUAUAUAUAUUUCCAAACCAGAGUGCCGGUAUUUUUUGGAUUUAUUAUUAAUUUGUGACUGGGCAAUAUAGUUGGAGUGCAAGAGCUUAUAUAUAAUACAAUGUUAAACAAAAAUCUGCACACCAGUCAAGCCAUAAGACUUGCUUUUCCCACAGAAAUCACAAAUCUGCAGUGAUUGUUACUACCGCAAAGGAUUCUGGGUGGGUAUAUGCAAAUUACUUUAACAAAAGAAUCACAUUUUUGCCUCAUUCCAUUUUAAACAUGGAUUCAUUGGAGUCUGUGUUUGCUGAAUACAACAGCUUUGAAACACAACUUAGGAAAAUGUGCAAAGCCAGUGAACCAUGACACCACUCCAGACCACAUACAAAUGAGAAAGAGCCAGUGCUUCUCAGCACUACCUCGUUGCAUGGAGACUAAACAUCACCAAGAUUUUUGGACACCCUACCAAGUUUGAACAAGUGGGGGCAGUGUGGCAGUCUUUUAAUAGGAAAAAUGAAGGAGACUGCAGCUCCCCCCACAUAACGAACCGGAUUCGUCAUGUGCACACAGCCAACAUAGAUUUCUGCCCAAGGCGUAAACUAGGUAUGCCUCUGCUCAAAAUUUAAUUUACUUUGAGUUAUUUUUCUACAGUUGCCUUAGUUGUGUACAGAUUAUAGGCAAAGCAAUUAAACUUUUUUUUUCAUUUUUUGUUCUGUAUUUUCUUCAAAGACUUUACUUAAAGGGUUUUAUUAAUUUCAUUGCCUGAAUUGUCACACUUUAAUAAAUGGCCUCAAACCCAAAAGUUAUGUGUCAAAAUGUUGAUUUAAAGCACAGACAGCAUAGUAAGAUGCACAUGUAUUGAAUGGUGAAGUUAUUUCAGCAGCUACCACACAACUGUAAGUACAUAGGCGUGCGCAGCCUAUUGCAUAAGGGUGUGUACCUUAAAGCACAAACACACACGCCGCGUGUAUAUGUAUGUAUGUAUGUAUAUAUAUAUUUAUAUAUAUAUAUAUAUAUAUAUAUACACAAACACACACAUACAUACACUGCUGUGUGUGUGUGUGGGUGCUGUGUGUUUGAGUGUACUGUGUGUGUGUGUGUAAGAGUGCUGGGUGUGUGAGGGUGCUGUAGUGUGCUGUGUGUGAAUUUGUUUGGAGGGAUUGUGUGUGGGGAUAGGGGGACAGAUUAGGAAAUAGCCCCCCUCCCUUCUUAUCUUUUGGCUGGGAUGGGGGAUCCUUGCUGCCAUCCCUGAUCCCUGGUGGUCCUAGUGUGAGUGAACUCUAGCCCUGCAGGCCAUGGCAAUGCACUAACCUCGCGAGAGGGACCCGGCGGAGCUGCUGACAAGAGCUCACGGGUCCUCUCCUGCCUCCCUCCCUGCCUGUGGGCCGGUGAGGGAGAUCUUUGAAAAACAUAUAAACUAAGUGAAAACAAAUCACCCAUAUACAGUCUAUACCAUCACGUGAGGUGUAGUCCAAAACAGCUGGUGUGCCAAAGGUUGCCUAUGCCUGGUCCAUACAGUGGAUCGCUUGCAACGUAUAGGGGUUGUAGAGCAAUGAAAUAUUGUCACAAAAAGAAAACACUUAUAUUAUAAUACAGUUGAGUAAAAUAAGGAGUGUGAAAUUUAAUAUAACAUUAACACUAACAUACAGAACAGAGACGAUUAGGCUUUUGUGCGCUCUGGCUAGACAGACCCUCAUUCAGUCUUUUACUCAGGUGUCCUCAUACAAGAGAUAGAAAAAAGGUGAGGAAAGAGAAAGAAGCCACUAGGGUAAUAAAUUCCAACAGGUGCAAAUAAUAGAUUCAACGUAGAGAUAGCUUCUCACCUUAAUAAGAGUCUAAAAGAUUGACUCUGGGUGUAAGAGAUAUGCCUUUAAGGGGGCUACCACCCUUCUUUAGAUCAACAGCAGCAGGAGAGGAUCCACGUGACUAAUUAUAUAUGGUAAAAUAAAAUAUAUUUAAAAAUGCAAUAAAAACAAAUAAUUAAAUGCCAAAGAAAUAGCAUAUCGUAACCGUCCACUUCUGAUGAUCCUCAUGGUACAACAUACAGAUGGCUUCUCAUCUUCAGAAUCCAAUGAAUACAGUUUAUUGAUUUGUCAAGUACCAUUAAAUUGUAUAAUAGUAACAUCCUAGGGAUGUUGGGCUAAAGUAAAAUCCCCAGGAUGUACUUGGGAACCCGAGUAAUCUGAAUGUACCUUUUCUGGUUAAAUACUUUAUUACUAUUAUUUAUCAAGUAUUUACAUUUGUAAAGAAAGGAUAAAAAAUUAGAUUAAGCAAUCUGUGUCUUCUCCAUUAAUUGAAAUGUAACAUUCCAUGCAUUUAGAAGAUUACUAGUGAGAUGCUUAGUAUUUGUGUAACAUCUAGAUUGGAAAUAAUUCAUAUUUGCUAACAUUUACAAAUGUAAACAACUGAAAUCACAUCUGAUGAGAACUAAAGUAUGGUUUACAUGCAUUGCAGACCAUUGUCAAUGGUGCAUAAAAGGAACACUCCAAGCGUCAUUAACACCACACAACGCUACCAUCCUGGGGUCUGCUGGACGCUGUUCACUUGCUUAGCAUGCUGCAGUAGUUAUGGUGUUUGGAGAAUUUACUUUUAACAACCUAAUAGACAACUAUCACUGAUUAGAAUUCCCAUUUUUUUUAAAAAGUGCUAGGUACUUUCAUUUUAUGUUUUUCUUUAAUCAUCUCUGCUUACGUUUCCUUUUUUACUUUUCUUAUUUAGCUUCUUUCCUUCUCCUGCUUUUUUGUGAUCUUGGGUCUAUACCAGUCUAGAUCACCCAAGAUCGCUUUUGCCCUGCCCAACUGCUGCACAUUUACCUAAUGGUGCACAGCUGGGCAGCUUGCAAUCUUCACUUCUACUCUCUUGGGUAAACUAUUACAUUUGGCAUACUCUAGGUGUGCCUGGACAAUUACAAAUUUAUAUAAAAGGUAAGUUUUAAAUUUUUUUUUUUAUAAAGGCACACUCCAUAGUUAUUUUUUUAGUUUGUUCUCAGUUUGUGCAAAACAAUGACCGUUCCACUAUAUUGUCCUUUGUUUGACUUUAAAAAAACAAACUCCUGGAUGAAGUAGAGAGUAUGGCUUGUUCCGACUAAAAGCUGUUUUAGUCAAUGUCUUGUGUGGCUGGACUUUAUUUGAAAUUGUCCACUUGAUUGUCCAGUGACCUUCUAUGUGUAUAUCUUGAUGUUAUGUCAUUUAUUAAAAUUCUUGUCAUGAAGGGGUUAAACUGCAAACGUUAAAUCUUAAUAGUAAGAUUUAUGCUAGGUUGUGAUCUGUCUCAUGAAACUGGUUUUGAAAUGGUUUUGAUCAAUGUAUCACUGCUACUAGAAUAAACAAGAUAUUAAAGAUGUUAAAUGUUGCUGUUAAUUGCAUUAAGUAUUCUUAAAUGUUUUUUUUGUGGCGUUUAAAACUGGAAAGAGAGUUACUGGUUGCAACUGGGUUAAAUCCUAGGUGUAACUUUACUAGCCUGUCUUACAGCUGUGUCAUGUUAGACAGCUUUAAGGGCUGCUGGUUAUAGAAGGGUUACACCCUGGAUCUAGCCUUGUUGGUUUAACAAGUAGGUGCAGCUGCUCAUUAAACAAGUAUAAAACCACUUAGAGAGUUUGGCCGAGUGUUAGUAUCAGAUCCUGGAUUUGUCCACGUCUUACGGUGGUUGUGCUUAACUGCUGCUAACAAUGCCUAUUUGCUGAAGAACACUUAAUGUUGCUGAAACUGUUCCUCUGCUAAUAUCCAGACGUGUAUGCCAACAGGCUCAACAAAACCAGGUUGCCAUGUGCACAAACCUGACACACAGAAUUAGUUCGGGAAGAGUAAAAAAUCUCUUUACCAGCCACAUGGUCUGAGUGUCUUUAUGUCCUGCAAUGCCAGAGACUCCCUUUCAUUGGAAGAAGGGAAAUAUAGUCACAUCUUAAUGAAUAAGAAAGCAUCCUCAGCAACAGCCGAUACCAGGAAUGGAAUGUGGUAUCUUUCAGUCUCUUUUCUCUUCGCUAUUAACAUAGGUGAGGAACAUAUGGUAAUUAACCCUUUAAGCACCAAAUACGCACCUUUAUGUUGAGCACAUACCUUGCACUGAAAGGGUUAAUGGAGAAUUUUGCCAGCCUCCUGCAUUUUAAGCAGAUUUAUAAACCAUAAAUUAUGACUCUAAUUAUUGUACCUUUAUUUAAAAUACAUAUACAAACCUAGCUCAGUGGUAGAGGCCAGUAGUCACAUAUCUUGAUUAUAGUUCUACAGCAAUAUUGAAUUAUUCAAACCUCAUCUUCUCUAAAACAUUCUGCCAAAACAAUGCAAGAUUUGGCACACCUUUUGGCAGCUAGGUGUACCACAGCUGUUUAAAGCAAGGUGAUACCAAACCAAGAUGGCUGCUGUGAUACAAUGACAUUUAAAGGAUAACUAUCAGCGACAGAAGAAAUAUUUUACAGUACUUACCAUAAUUUUCUUUUCCUGGCAAUUUUUCGUGACAGCACCACUAAUUGAUUAGCCCCACCUCUCAGGCAACAGGACAGGGAUUCUGAAUAAAAGAAAUAAAUGCAUAAAAGGCAGCAGCCCUUCCAUGUUCUCCAGUCCCGUAACAAGUCAGAAACUAAAACAUCCAGAAGGGAGGGUGUGUAAUGCUGUCAUGGAAAUCGCCAGGAAAAUAAAAUAUGGUAAGAUUUAUAAAAAUCUUCUCUUUCCCUUUCUAAUCAUCCGUAACUGGUAAUAAGGAUACUGUAACAGUGGGGUACCACACAGAACAUAAUGCAAAUCACACAAAUGUAUUGAUUGUGGUAACAUCCAUUUAAACUCCUCUGCCAAAAUUUGGAGCAGAAAAACUGUAUACAUGCAUAAUGUUUGAAGAAAGUCAAAGGAAAAUACCAGGUUGCUGUCUUAUAUGUAUAUAUUCCUCACCUUCUUUAGGUGAAUAAUACAUAACUCAGCAGUACUUUGUAUACUGUCAUCAAUUCUAGAUGGCUUGGAUGGAGCCAUUUCCAUUUGUGUCGCCAGUUCCCUUUGUGUCGCCAGUUCCCUGAAGUGGGCUCCCCAUUCACUUGAACUGGCAUUUAUAGUAAUGCAAAGCCAUUCUGGUUCUUUUAGGGGAAAACCUUUGUAGAAUUUCUCUUCUAUUCAGCUCAGGUUCAGUCUGAGUUCUUGUGGUAAUCAGAUAUCCUGAUUCCAAUCUGAAUCUAUAUCAAAAUCGGCUAAAGAAAAAUCUUUAAGCACUCCUCACAUAAGCCCUAUAGUGGAAUUGGGUGUCAUAAAAGUAUCCUUAUGUUUUAUGAUGUUACUGGGAAAUGAAAAAGAGAUUCUUCUUUCUUGGUCUUGAUUAUUUGUUUUUCCUUUUGAAAAUGUAAUAAUAUAAUUUUCAGAGGACGGCUAUAAGCUAGAUGAGAACUUUGGAAACGCUUCUGGGGACUAAGCUUAGCACAAAAGAAAGACCUUUGAAUUGGUAAUUAUUUCCUAAAACUUGGCUUUAGAGAACCUUCAUAUAUUUCUGAUGAAUCAGGAUCUAGUUGGCAUCUGUUAGAUCUUUUAGUUAGCCAGUUUCCUAUGUGAAGCACAUUCUGUUAGUGGGGAGUGAUUGCACCUUGAAUGAUUUCCUCCUUAGAAAUACAUGAAUUGUCUUUAGAUCUAGAAUGUGUUUUUGGUUUUGGAUGGUUUUUGGAGCCAGGAACCUUUUGAAAUGGUCUUUGAUGGGGACCUCUGUGAUAACUCUUUGAACCGUCUUUUAUUUCCAGCUUGUACUGGAACUGAUGUGGACCAUUUUCUGAAACAGUUAUGUUUCAGACCUCUAUUUGGAAGUAAUUCCUGGAAGUAUAUGGUCUGACAUGACAAAAAACAUGCUAAGGUGACCUCCUCCUUGGGUUGUGGGAUGCGUCUACGAUUCUGCCAUAGAGAUUCAAUGAAUUGUCACAGUAUGUUACAAUAUGAGAGUCGGGAAAUAAGAUUCACAGCUCUCAUACCCAGUGGGCUUGGAGAGGAGCCUUGAAUAUGCAUGUUCAAACCUUCUAAUUAGUGUACUACAGAGUUUUGCUGUGUAGGAAUUGUGAGCUCCUGCAGGCACUUAAGCGACUUCAAAUAAAUGCAGUUGUCAAAGUGCCUACAGAAGUCCUGUCCAUUAAUAUGCGGUCAUGGUUAGCCUGGAAUAAUAACUUUCCAGAAAACUGAUCCUUGUCCUGUGUUUUGAAACCGAUCAAAAAAAUAUUUGUAAUAAUGCAUUGUAAUAUGAAACAGGUAUGUUUUGUGGUCUGGUGGCCAAUGAUGAGAAAAGUACUCAGACAGGUUACUUACUUUGUGUAGAAAUAAAGUUGUGGACUUUCCUAGUAAGAAUUCAAUCCUUAAAGGAGAAACGUACUUCGGAACCCACCCCCUGACGAAGGUGCAUGCUUUAAGCACCGAAACGCGCGUCGGGUUCUUCCGCUUUUCUAUCUCACUGUCACAUUGGGGCACUUUCACUUCAACUAUGUGCAGGCAGCCAACAUCCUAAGUAUGGCUCUGCACAUUAGCAUUUUAAUACCUUUCUAAACCUCCCUCUUAGUCCUGAUUCUCUAAGUUCAUCUAUAUCCUGAUUAGGAGAUACAGUUUUGUAGUUUGCAACUAUGUGAUUAUGAUUAACAUUCUCCUCAUAAGGUUUAACUAUAUUAGAUAAAGUGUUAUACUCUAUUAUAGAGACUAUUUUGAUACUCUUUGGAUACAUUAGGUACUUAACAUUAUCUCUUUUACUACUCACUCUAUUUUGGAGCAUUUUUAUUAGUAUUUUUGAGAUUCAUUUAGAGAUUAUUGAUUGAUUAUUUCUGUCUGCUCUCACAGGCAGACCCAUUUAGAAUCAGGACUUUCUUUCUGUAACUGUUUCCACAAUAUUAGGACAAUAUAGUACAGACUGUGACCUAUUAAGUUAUAUUAAAGUCAAAUAGUCGGAGACAUAUUUCAGUUACAGUAUGUUAUGAGGGAGGCAUAGCCUUCUUUGGCUGAUAACACGAUUUUGGUGUGGGUAGAACACUAACUUAGGUAGAGAUUUGGAAUAGCUAUUUGAUUAGUCAUUAUUCAUUCUUACUUAUAUCAUUAUUUUUCCAGCUUUUGCUUAAAUUGUUGGACCAGCUUAUCCAACAUUUAAGCUUUUUUUGAUUUAUAGUACUUACUUUGUGUCCACAGGAACUUAGGCUGUAAAGAAACAAUGUCACAUAAAGUAAGGCAAUAAUUGAGAAAUUACACAAGGAGAUAGCAAGGUUGAAAUAGGUAAUUUUCAAUUUUAACAACCUGACACAAUUAAGUAUUCAAUGAUGUACCAGUGAGCAAAGAAUAUGAGGUUCAGUUAACCCUUGGGGGAAAUUCUGACCAUUCUAGAAUACUCAAAUGCUUUCUCGUAAAACAUUAUGUAACAAACUUAUGAGCAAGUAUGGAGGAGUCCCAAGAUCCAGAAAGUAUUGCCCUCCUGAAUGUUACUUGUGGUGCCUAAUUCUGUGUUAUAUUUCAUUUUAAGAUCCAUAGAUGCUACAUAAUUUAAUCUAUCAAUGCUGCAUACAUGUAUUCGUAAUGUAAAAUUAAAGGUCCACUAAAAGCACCGUAAUCAUUAAAUUUUGUUGUAGUGGUUAUGGUGCGAGGUAAGGUGCCCUGACGCCACCCAACACAAUUGUAAGUAGUUAAACUGUUUUAGAAUGGUUUGACUCCUUACCUGAGAUCAUCUGGAUACCACUCACGGCCUACGCUACUGACAGAGAAGCUGCUAAGUUGGCACUUCCGUUAGAUCUCCUGAUGUCUAGCUCAUUGACCUAGAGUGUAAUUUGCUCUUAUUUAAUCAGCUAACCUCUUCACUGCUUGACAACAGAUUUGUGUCUUUUCUAAUAAUGUAUUUUUUUACUGAUAUAUAAUUACCAAAUGUUCUAACAUAAUUUUUUUUCCCUUUUUCCUUUGCAGUUUCCUCUUGACCUGCUAAAAAACAAAAGUUCAACAUGUUGGCCGUCCUUGCAUUCAUUGUCAUCUUUCACAUAACUUCAAUAGCAUUGCUGUUCAUUGCAACCAUAGAUAAUGUAAGUGAUCAAUGCAUAUCCAGUGUACACUGCAAAUCUUGUUAAAGGGUUACUCCAACCAAAAAGUGUCUUAAGAACUGUUUUUGGUCCGAGCACGCACUUAUCAAAAGUUAAAAGAAAAUAGCUAAUACCGUCACUGAGGUCACGUUUGCCUAGUGGUCUGAUCCUCCUCUGGUAAGACUACUCGCCUUUGCAGCAGCGCCAAGGAAGACUAGGCACCAGAAUUUUUUUUUUCAAUUUCUUUUUUAAGUUUUAUUUUGUUUUGAAGUUGCAGGCAUGGGAUCCCAGAAACUAACUAGGGAAACUAAGACUGUAGCGUUUGAAAUACAGAUAUAUAUUCCUAACGCUACAGUGUCACUUUUGUGUUUCAGUAAAUUCAUGUUUAUAUGAUCCUGCAUCUGUUUUUUUAUUUUUAUUUUUUUUUUAUAUAUACUUUAAGUUAUAAAGCAAAAUGUAGUACAAAGUUCUGAGCUUGGAUCGCAAGCAUGACACAGUGAAACAAUUUAGCUCAAAACAACGCUGGUGUUGCCAAAUGGCCCAUUUUGGGUAUUCAACAUAUACAUAUACAUUACAGUACAAUAUUAUUAGAGAACAAUGGUUGAUAUUAACACCAGUGUGUUAGAACAAAGAAAAUAAGAAAAAGAAGAAAAAUGAACAACUCUGAAUCCCCUUUGUAGUACAUUUAACAAUUGUCUAGAGAGCCACUUUACUGCUGAUGGACAUCUGUAGUGUUUGUGCCCAGAGGGGCAUGAGGUAUAAAUUAUGAGGCAGGUAGCGAUGGACAACUGUAAGGCACUGGAGGAUAUGUAGAGAAGCAAUUACUCUAAUGAUCUUGUUCAACUUGCACCUCCUGUAUAGCUGUUUGUUUAUAACUGACCAGUCAUUAAAUAACCAUUAUAUCUGUCACAAAUUCUGUGGAGAGGACGCUUACUCUUCUCUUUGGUUACUAGUUAUGCAUGUUUUUUUAGGAUCUCAAUUACUUGAUUGUAUUCAUCAUUUAUGUUCUGAAUUCUGGAGCUAUGAUUAACACAUUGUCCAGUUAAUAAAAAUAAAAAAUAAAAAAAAUAUGCUUAUGUAUUUUAUAAAGGCUACUAGAGUCACCAAAAUCUUUGAAAAUACUCUCAUAAAUUUGUAGUGUUCUGGAUAAAUUGGGACAUAGGAAUACGCAUUACUUAUUCACCAAUAUCCCUCAUGAAUGACCAGUCAAAUGAAAGCCACUGACUACAUAUUUUUUAUUGCUGUAGAUAUUGAUUGAUCCUUUCACCUACCUUUGACCUUUGCCUUUGUCAAAUUCUUUAAAACAGAAUUUAUUGUAAUUUCUUUGUUUUGACUUUAACACUUUUUGAAGCCACAAACUAUUGGCUUCAGUGGAAUGGAACGUCCUUCAACCCAAUCUGCCAUGGCUUGUGCACCCUCAGUAUGAUUUGCAUCUGCUCCUAACUCCUACUAUUAUGGCUAUGAAUGAUGUAGAAGUUUGACAUGACCAAUGAGUAGAUCAGGAGUAGAUCUGCUCUUACAAAAAUACUUAUUUGAAUCCUCUGCCUUGUGGGAGAGCACCUCCUUACCAUCUGCUAUUUUCUAGAUAGUCUUAUCUAAAGUCUUUCCAUAUAGUAGAUCUCCUAGAAAAUGGAUGGAUCUAUCUUACAGGAAUUACAUGAAUGCAUAUAAGAUAGCAACACUCAAAAAAACAAAACACAAAAAUGCUCAGAAGAAGGGGGGGGGGGAAUCCUACUUUUAUAAAUGUAAGAAAGUCAUGGACCAAUUUGAAUUGAUCUAAAAUGUUUCAAAAUAAGACAUACGUUCGAUCUGCAAAUCAAGUGUGAAAAUUUAAAUGGGGCAGAUAUCCAAUUUAACAUCUCCAAAAUGUGGCAAAAAUAUAUAUUGAAGAUAUUGCUGAGCAAAAUUUUUAGUGUUGUAAUAAAGCAUUGAUGUGCUUGUCCCCUCUAGUACAUUGUGUCCUAUGUCUGGAUUUAGUCUAUGUCCCCUUUAAAUGGUCUGUGCUUUUAGCCACUACUCUUGAGGAGCAGAAACCUAAAAUUAGCUGAUCAGGGUUAUUUUGAUACACUUGUGGCUAUUUCACUUGUGACAUCGGUAAUUCUGAUACAUGGAAAGUUAGUUGCCACUGAAAUGACUCAUCUAUAACUACGGAAUAAUUAGUAUGGCAAUUAUAUAGAGAGUCUGAUCCUUCAACUAGCCUAAUAACUGUAAUAUAUAUGUUUUGUGUCACUAUUUAAAGUCCCUUUUUAUUGCUAUUUAAAUAAAGUUGAUACCUUUAAGUAAAGCAAAACUUUAGAGAGUUCUUUCCUAUAUUAAAGAUAUGUUUGGUUUAUACAGUUGAUGUGAGUUAUGCUGUUAAUGUUGCCUUGUCCACAGCCAUUUUAGAAGUGUUUUUUUUUAAAAAUAUAAAUACCUAUGCUUUGCAGGCUUGGUGGGUAGGAACUGAUUUCUCUCUUGACAUCUGGCGAACAUGUGUGAAUACCACAACUACAAGUGUUUGUACGGACAUUGGAAGCAAAACCAACUGUGAGUAUAGAUAUACAACUAAUAAUUAACUAACCAGUAUAUGCUAAGGAACUAACAGUGCAAAAUGAGAGCAAAAAUAAAGAGACAUAGUAAGAAACAUUUCUUACUAUGGCUACAACAGGCUGAUAAUAUGACAAUGCAGCACUCACAAUAUCAGACAGUCUUAGCAAACAUCAAAUACAUUGCCAGCUCCGGGUUCAGAUUCAGGAUAGAAGUACUAUACUCAAUCAUAUAUGCCAAGCUUAUUCUUUAUUUAGAAAACAAUAUUGCACCCAAACACAAUGUUCAGGGGAAGGGGCAUAAAGAAGAAGUUCUACUGCAUUUCGUACCAAAUAACGCCAUAACUUAACCCCCUAAAAAUAAUAAGCAAAAUAGCCUAAAGCUCAGAGCCAACAGACUGCACAAAACUUAAAAAUAUAAAAACCUCCUAAACCCAGACUCUCUAAAAGGAAGUAUUACAUAGAGGGACUAGAAACAAAAUAUGGCUCAAAGCAAUACAGAUAAAAAAAAUUAAAAACACAAUUAAAUUGGGGUUAGGCAAUUAAUAGUCCUUCAAUGUCUGUUAAUUAAAAUACCUCAGAUGAAACUAUUCCAAAUUUAUUCCAAUACUCAAAAACACAAUAUUGAUAACACAAUUAAGCAUAUCAGGAGUGGAACUCCUUCUGUUUGUUAUCUUUCACUUGGAAUUGGUUUUGGUAUCAAACCUUGUGUGGUCUGCACUGUUGCCUCAUCUCUCUGUGGCUGGCUGCGUACUUGGUUAGGUUUAAUCCAGUUCUUUUGGUGGCUCAGUUUGGUGCUGAAUGGGAAAGGGCCUUUAAAUGUUUUUUUAUUUUUUAUUGUACACAUACAAAAAGGCAUAUCAGAAUUGGACAUAUAAUUUGUCUUUCUUAAAUGGUAUCUAUAUGCCAUCUACCGUGGCACUACCAUUAUCUAAAGCAAGGAGAAACGAUGGGAAAGACUUAGACAACAGAGCUCCUAGUAAUGGGCAAUAAAUGUUACAGCACAAACAUUAAUUUUUCAAUGUGAGGAUAUAGCAGAUAUUCCAGAAGUGCACACUGCCUGUAUGUAGUUAUAAGAGCUUCUCAAUAAAGUAAAAUGUAUAUGAAUAUUACAGAGCAUUACAGUAACAUGCAAUAUGUGUAUCAAGGUUUUAUGGUAAUGUGCAGUGUAUAUAGUGUUGAAUCCGUAGUUGGAUGACCUCCACGAUUUACAAUAAGGAACUGAACUAUUGGGGCUUACAAUUUGUUUAUACGUAUACUGACAUUUGUUUCCACAGAUUUUCAAGCUAUCCAGACUAUCCAGGCUACAAUGAUCCUAUCUACUAUUCUGUGUUGUUUUGGACUUGUUUGUUUCGCAUUUCAGCUUUUCCGUCUUAAACAAGGAGAACGAUUUGUGUUAUCGGGCAUUAUCCAGAUGUUAUCAUGUAAGUUUUUUUUGUGAUAUUAAAAAGUAGAUUGCUAUCAAUGUCAGCUUGUGUAAACUGGUGUGUGUGUGUAUGUGUUUGUAUAUAUAGGGACACUAUUUUUUGCAAAACAAGAAAAGUAUCUGUUAAUGGAAUAUUAUUUCAUAAGAAGAAAAAAAAUACCAAACAGAAGGCAACAAAGCAGUGUGAUUUCUAGUUACAAUUGGUGGAAUUUCCCCUCCUGAUGCCAUUUAGGAGUUAAAUCACUUAGUUUAUGCAGCCCAAGCCACAUCUCUCCUGACUGUGACUUAUACUAGUUAUCAGACAAUUUAAGUAUAAUAUGUGUUUAGCUUAUCUUAUUACACAUUGUGUCUAAUGUAAUCUUUCAAUCUCUUAUGCCAUUAGUAGCCUGUUAGAGCAUGCAACAGUCUCCUGUGUGAUUAAAGUUCAAUUAACAGAGCAGAAGAUGCACAAUUCCAAAUUAAACACACUGUGCUAUAAGAUCUGCCUGGAAAUGAAACCUUUUGUGAGUCACAGCAGAGGAGGCGUGGCUAUGGCUGAAUAAAGCGAACCAAAAGUGAUUUUAAAUUUAAAUGACAGAGAACUGAAAAGUGAGACUGCAGGGACUUAUCUUUACACCAAAACCUCUGAGAGAGGUUACUAGACUGUAAAAAUAAAUAAAGUUCAGUCUUUCACGCAUGUGUGAUAUUCAUGGAUCAAAAAUGUGAAAAACUCAAUUUGAAAUGAUUUCGUAUUUUGUCACAAAAUGGGAAAACAAAUAAUCUUUACUUCAAAGGGACGGUCAAAUAUCUUCUUGGAUCUUCAAACUGUUAUUUCACAUAUUAAUGGUUUUCUCUUUAAAUAUUCUGUUUUUACAAAAAGCAUCUAAAUAUUGCCUCAGGGUCCCACUCCCGCUGGGCUGAAGGGGGAGGAAGGGGGUUAAACACUCACCUUUCUCCAGCGCCGGGCUCCCUCGGCACUGGGGACUCUCCACCUCCUUCCGACGUCAUCAGCUGAAUGCGCAUGCGCGGCAAGAGCCGCACGCAUUCAGCCAGUCCUUAGGAAAGCAUUCUCAAUUUUCACAGUGAGAAGCGCGGAAGCGCCUCUAGCGGCUGUCAAUGAGACAGCCACUAGAGGCUGGAUUAACCCAUUUGUAAACAUAGAAGUGAGAUGCUGGUGAAAGUGAUGAAGAAGUGCAGCUCAGUGAUGUAAUUUGCAUAUCAGGGCUGGUUUACCUGGAAAGGGACCAGGACAGUCCAUAGAACUGAAGGGUCAUUCAAGCGGGCUAGCCCCCUGAGUAUGGACUCUGCAGGGGGCACUGUUUCAUUGUUCUCUGCAGGAUCCGAGUGCCCUGAGCAUAGUGCGGGGGCUUCUAAUGAUGUGCUCAUGCUAUGCUUGUUAUAGACCGUUCCCUGGUGUUCCUAAAAAGUGAGGCUGGUGGGAGAGGACCCAAAAUUGGUAUGGUCUUGUGGAAAUCAGGAUGGUUGGGAAUCCUGCAUUAAGAGUCUUAGGUGGGACACUUACUGGUGAGCUGUUCUAACUGGGAUUCAAACCUGGGAUUCCCGGUUACAAGUCACUUUCAUUGAUGAGCAAUAGAUUCAUGGACACCUUAUUGUGUAUGCAUGGCAAUAUAUUUGGAAGGUCUAGUGAGCUCUUCCAUAGAUGCCUGUAUACCGUAUAAUAUACCAAUAAACCAAUUUGUAAAAAAACAUAAUUUUUCCUUCAAAGAAGUAGUAUUAGUACACAACCAUUAUUACAGUUCAAUUGAUUGAUUGUCUUGUUUUAUUUUUUUUCCCAGGUCUUUGUGUACUGAUUGCAGCUGCCAUCUACUCUUCUAUGCAUGAAAGCUUUCACAACGACCUUAAGCUGCCUGGAGGCUCAUUUGGAUAUUCCUUUAUACUUGCUUGGAUUGCUUUUGCUUUCACUUUUUUGAACAGCAUCAUGUACCUAAUACUUAGAAAGCGUAAAUAAUCAUUAGCAGUACGUACAUAAUCAUCUCAACGUGGUUAUGUAGUAAAGGUAUUUCUCCUAAAACAAGAUGUGCUGUGUUUCUGCCAUUACAGCUAGAGGACUCUAAUAUGUAAUCCACAUAAUCUGGAAUAACAGUGCUGUAAAUGUUAAUGGGAAACAAGGGAUUUUGGUAUAUGUGUGGUGUUCUACAACUUGAAGUUUAUUAUUUUUUUUGUAAAAUUGUAUGUUUUUGGCCUUAGUCUUAGAUAUUAAUUAACUGUAGUUACAUGGACAUGUGUGUACAGAUACAGAAAGAGAGAGAUUAUAGCAUUUAUUAAUAUAUAGGCUGCUGUACUAAGAACCAAUUUACAGAAUUGUCUGAAAUAACAUGUUAUUUCUGUAUAGGGUUGCCACCUUUCUUGGGGCUAAAAAAAUACCAGCCAUGUUAAUUUGCAUAAUUAAUUAUGAGUGACAUCACAGGAUAUGACAUCACUGUAUGGAAAUGACAAGAAGUGACAUAAGAGCAACAGAUAUACUUUUGGAAAGAGGAAAAUUUUGUAAAUAAAAUCAUACACACACAAAAAGGGAUUGCUCUGCAGUUUGGGGAGAUUUGACUGCCCUUCGGAUUGCAAUGUGAAUUUCAAAAUGUAGGUUCAAAUAGAAUGGAGAAUUUUAUCAAAUAAAUUAUUUUUGACCAUAAUUUACAAUUAAUAUUCCAAUUCACUACAUUUCACAGUUUAAUGAAUGCAACUCUGUAGUUUAUUCCCUGUUCUAAAGAAUUUAGUGUAGAUAAUUGAAAACCAAACUACAAAGUUAAGGCCACAGUAGUGGACUUGUAAGAAUGAUUCAAUUCUACUAUAGUCCCAGCAUGACUAUUUAUGGCUUGAAUUUUGCAAUUUGGUUUUGAUGUUGCUUUGUGUGAAUGCAUUCAUGUAUUUAAGCAUGCAGGGGUGAAUUUUAUAAGGAAUGCAAUAGGCACACUACAGAAACGUAAAGCAAUUCAGCUUACUGAAGUGCUUUAUGUGUCUGGAGUUUAUCAUUUAAAAAAACAAGUUUAUAAAAGGUUUCUUUCUCUUCUAUUAGCUCAACAGAGCUUGCUUUCCCAUCUUCUCAGAACUAUAGCUCAAUGAGAAGCAUUGGAAAGCUGUGCUCAGACUGAGUUCUCCUUUAUUUCCUAUAAUUUCAAGGAUUUCCUUGUUCAACUCUUCUUUAUGUUUUCAAAGUUUACUACCAUAUUCAACCCCCAUCUGUAUCUCUCCCACUUUAUCAACCCAGUCUGUCUAUCUCAUAUUGUACAAACCCCAUCUGUGUCUGUCAUACUGUCCAAAUACCUAUCUGUGUCUCUCCACCUGUCCAAACCUCCAUCUAUGUCUCUCCACCUGUCCUAACACUCAACUGUCUUUCACUCCUCCUUUUAACCCCCAUCUGUCUUUCAAAUCCUGUUAAGCCCCAUGGUCUGUGCCUCUCGUCACCUGUUAACCCCCUACUUGUGUCUCUCCUUGCCUCCCAGUGUGUGUCCUUGCAGCCUUUCCUCACACUUCUCUCACCCAAUCCUUGACUUUCCUAAUCUGCAGUGUGCUGCCUCUCUCCACACACGGCAAUCCCUACUGGCUGGGGCCCAUAUUGCAGUCUAAUCUCAAAAAUACCAGAAGUUGUAUUACUGGUAUUUUUGCAAUACAAGCAAUAGCCAGGCAGCCUCAAAUACCGGCCAGGUGGCAACCCUAUAUUUUAUAAAACUAUGUGUUUCUACAAAGAAAAAAAAAAGGUUUGUCCAGUAUUCAUUUGCUGGUACAUCUGGAAUCUAGUUUAUAACACAUUCUUCUCUUCUCCAGUAGUGGCUACCUGCAGUGUAAAAACAUUGUUAAGCAAUAAACUUUUUUUUAUAGUGAUAAUUUCCUUCUGAAUACGAAGAUGUCUGCCAAUCUUUCCAGGGAAAUCGCAAAUAAAGUCUAUUGUAAAUAAACAUUUUGGUAGAGCCUACUUUAGAUGUUGUGGUGCAAUAAGUCUUACAGUACCAACCCUAUUGGACAUUUUAGUGCUGGUUAACAUAAAACAGACUCUCCUGAUACCCAAAGCAUUGUCCUAAUUUAGAUAACAAUAUCCUGGCCCCCUUUACAUUAAAAUGAGUAAGAAGAUCUUGGUUUGGUUAAUGGUGCUCUCAAACCAUCAUAACCGCUACAUAACAUGGUAGUGCUGAAUGGUUUUAUUAGGCUUUGGGUGCUGUUCACUUGUUCUGGAUCAAAUUCUUUUCGAGCAGUAUAACCAAAACCAAGGUUCUUUCAGAAAUCUGUGAGAUUUAUACUUCCACAUUAGUAUAAUUGAUUAAAUGGGAAUCAGAUUUUGGAACCUUUCUCUUGGUAAUAAAUAGUAGUAACAGAAGAACGUUGGCUUUAAAGGGAUACUGUAGGCAUUUUAACAGCUUCAUGUUAUUGAAGUCGUUAUAGUACCUGCAGUUAUUGCCUCCACCAGUGCAGUAAAAAAAGGUUAACUUGCCUCUAAUCAAACAGUAAGACAGUCUUUCACAGCAAUUUCACUCCGUCCCCGGGAGAUCAUCAGGGGUCAUGAUCUCCCAGUCACUCACAGAAAAGCAGUUAUAUGCAGGGCAUAUGUGUGGCAGUCACCAUGCUGCAACAGCAAUGCUUGUUUCUUGUGAAACAUUGAAUCCAAGCAUUGCACGUGGUGUUAACUAGGGCCAGACUGGCACACCGGGAUACCAGGAAUUUGGGGGUAUAAUGACACAUGAAGGGCUGGUAGGGGGGUAUAGGGACACCUGAAGGGCUGG